GUGUGUGGAUUAUUACAAACUUCAGACCAAAAAUAUAAACCCCUAAUUUCUUCUCCGUCGAACGGAGACGCACUGAGAAUUUCAGCUCAAAUUCGGAUUUCGCAUAAAGGCUUCGAGCCUUGGCACCGCAGUGGGCUUAUCGACUGCCAACGAGGGUUUGAACUCUGUUUGUUAUUUUCGUAAUUAGGUUCCUCCUACAAUCUCUCAAUGGGAAGCAAAGGUCGAGGGCCACCUCCCAACCUUCGGCGGCCACCUCCUGGCCCUGGCUUGGUGCAUCCUGAUCCUUAUGGUCCUCCUCUACGCAACCCUGAUCCUUAUGGUCCUCCUAUACGAAACCCACCACCAGGUGAUUUCCCUCCUUUUGACAGGCUACCUCCUCCAGAAAUUAUGGAACAGAAGAUUGCUGGCCAGCAUCUUGAAAUGCAAAAACUUACCACAGAAAACCAGAGGUUUGCUGCCACCCAUGGAACUUUGAGGCGAGAACUGGCUGCUGCACAACAUGACCUGCAAAUGUUGCAUGUUCAGAUAGAAGCAGUCAAGUCUAACAGGGAACAAGAGACUAGAGGCCUUAAGGAGAAAAUUGCCAGGAUAGAGGCUGAACUUCAAGCUGCUGAACCUAUCAAAAUGGAAUUGCCGCAAGCACAAGGUGAAGCUCGCGCUUUGUUUGCAGCAAGGCAGGAACUUGUUGCUAAAGUACAACUGCUGACUCAGGAUCUUCAAAGGGCUCACACUGAUGUGCAACAGAUUCCUCCUUUGUUGACCGAGCUGGAGACCCUAAAAAAGGAGUAUCAACAGUGCCGGAGUACCUAUGAGUAUGAGAGGAAAUUGUACAGUGAUCAUCUUGAAUCUCUUCAAGUGAUGGAGAAGAACUACAUGACUAUGUCCAGAGAAGUGGAAAAGCUUAGGGCAGAGUUAAACACUUCUAACUCUGAGAGACGAACGGGUGGGCCAUAUGGUGGUGCUACUGGAUAUAAUGAGAAUGAUGCCGCUAACAAUUAUGCUAUUGGACAAAACAUCUAUGGAGAUGGCUAUGGAAUAUAUCAGGGCAGAGGCCCCCUUCCAACAGCGACCAAUGUUGGAGGAGUUGCUGCGGUUACAUCUCCGCAUGUUGGAGCUCAGUCUGUACCUCCGUCGAACAGGCCUCCUUAUGAUUCAUCAAAUAUGCCCGGUUAUGAUGCACAACGGGGAAUGGUACCAACUGGUCCCGGCUAUGAUGCACAGAGAGGAUCCGCUUUAGCAGCUUAUGACGCUCAGAGGGGGCACGGAUAUGAUACAAUGAAGGGAACUGGAUAUGAUGCUCAGAGGGUAGCAGGUUAUGAAGCUUAUGGAGGACCUGGCUAUGAUGGAUAUGGGGCACCUGUUUAUAAUGCGCAGAGAGGAUCGGGCUAUGAUGUGCAAAGGGGAGCCAGUUAUGAUCCUGCCAAGGCCUCUAACUAUGAUGCAUCGAAUAAAGGAGGUGUUGCAACUCAAGGACAGGUAGCACCUACGAGUAAUAACCCUCACGGUUCAUCUACUCCACCUGGUCAUGCUGGUCCUGGAUAUGAUGCAGCAGCACAAGGUGGAAAUCCAGCACGUAGAUGAUUUCAGUUCUAGUUUUGUGUUAUUUAAUGAGGAAUAUUAUGAUCUUGAGCAUUUACUUCAAUUUACUAUUUGCAGCCUCCCUAGAGAUCUAUUUACUGCAUCAUGUGACUUGAGGCUGGUCAGUGUAAAAGAAGGAAAUCUUGCUUGUAGAUGAGCCUUAUUGAUCUAAGUUAACCAUAAUUGAUGUUUCUUUUAUAGGAGUC